CUGCUGAUCAAUGAGUUGUGGGAAGAAGUUAAGGCUGCCCAUUCGACGCCUAAACGACAUUACCAUACCUUAAAACAUCUUGAAAACCUAUUGCACCAGCUGGAAGCGGUAAAGGACCAGAUCAAAAACUGGGACGUUAUCUUGUUUACGCUUUAUUACCACGACAUCGUUUACAAUCCUUUAAAAGAUAACAAUGAAGAGAAAAGUGCAGAACUGGCUGAAGUGAGACUCCGCUCGCUUGCUGUGCCAAAUGAGCUUGCUCAGCAAUGUAAACAACAGAUCCUGGCGACAAAAAAACAUCUUUUGAAUACCGAUCCCGACACCAACUAUUUUACCGAUGCCGACCUCUCUGUUUUAGGGCAAGACUGGCCCCUUUAUGCUGCUUAUGCCGAAGGCGUAAGAAAAGAGUAUUCCAUUUAUCCGGACCUGAUUUACAAACCGGGAAGGAAAAAGGUGCUGCAACAUUUCUUGCAGAUGGACCGCAUUUUCAAAACAGAUUACUUUUACAACAAGCUGGAAGCAACUGCGAAAAGAAACCUGGAACGGGAAUUGGAAGCGCUU